AUGACGGGGGAGACGGAGUUCAAUGGAAACGUCUUCUCGUCGAAGUGCCUGCCCAUCACCCUCGCCGCGCGGGGGGUCAAGGUGGACCUGUGGGACGCGUUCAUCGGCGACCUCCUCGGCCUCCCGUCCCUGGGGCUCGGCCGGGUCGAGUGCUGCGUCGUCGCGACGGUCGGCUGUCCCGUCUUCAUCAUCAGCCAAUGCGAGCGGUCGUCCUCGAGCCUCUGCGCGGGCCGCGCGCGCCUCUGGCGCGAGCGCGCCAACGCCGUCUGCCUGCGGCACGCGCCGGCGUUCGGCGUGCUCGGCAUCUCGCUCAAGGCCACGGUGGCCACGGACGACAUCUCUAGACUCGAUGGUGAGCCGUGGCAAGGGACCUGCGUCGAGUUCUCCUGGGCGCCGCCGGCGACGGCGCUCGUGCUGCGGGAAGGCGGCGACGGCUCGCUCAAGUCCGGCCUCGAGAACCUCGCCGGGAAGGCGCUCCGCGGCAUCUUCGGCGGGCCGGCGCCAAGACCGAAGCCGGACUCGAAGACGGCCUACUGGGAGGCGCUGCCGCUGGGGCCGGCCGACACGCCCUGCGUGCACGUGCCCGUGCCCCCGGGCAUGGCGCCCGGCGCGCGGCUCCAGGUCCCGCCCGGGCUCUCGACCGCGGCGAUGGACCCGGACCCCUCGUCGCCGAAGGCGACGUCGAUCCCCGUGCCGACCCUCAACCAGCUCGCCGCGGGGAAUCAGCUCGCGGCGCCGACGUCGCCGCAGAUGCAGCGCGACGCCGCCGUCGCGGGCCAGGUCGUCGGCGUCGCCGCGAUGGCGCCCGGCGCGCCGCCGAUGAACCCCGUCGUCGCCGGGGCGGCGGCGGGCCCGGUCGCCCAGGUCGUCGGCGGCGGCGCGCUGCCGAGCGGCCAGGUCGUCGGCGCCGCGCAGCCCUACACCGAGCAGUACGUCGCGGCGGUGCGCAGGAACAGCAUGCGGCAGGAGAUCCCCGUCGCGACGGUCCAGCGCGUCUCCAUGACGGGCGCCGACGCGGACUGGAAGGGGUUCGGGAAGGACGGCGCGAAGGCCAAGUCCUCGGGCGCCGCGGACGCGCUCCACGCGGCCGAGGCCGUGGCUCUCAUUGGCGCGGCCGCCGCGGCCGCGGGCAUCGCGAUCUCGAAGUCCAUGAAAUGA